AUGACUCCGAACAGCAUACUGGCAGCGACGCUGAACAGGCACCUGAACAGAUUAGCAGUCGUUCUGAUAGUAUUAAUUAGCUGUUCGUUAGAUAGGACAAGCAGUUGGACGCCAGAUGUCCUCACUAGGUCAUAUAUUACGUAUGAUAACACGAUACCCGCCUUUUUCGGCAACAGCACUGAUUACUUUAAGCUGCUACAUCAGGAUGACAGUUCGAUACUGAUCGGCGCGCGAAAUGCCUUGUACAACAUCAGUCUCGAUCGGUUGAUCGAGAGCACGAACCAACGGGUCACCUGGAGCUCUUCGGACGCGCACCGUGAGCUGUGCACACUGAAGGGCAAACAGGACCAGGACUGUCAGAACUACAUACGAGUGUACGCACGGGUGGGAGCGAAUAGGAUCAUGCUAUGUGGAACCAAUUCGUACAAACCCCUCUGUCGGUAUUACAAUGUACUACCCAGCGAUGGGACCAUAGUCUACGAUAGCAACGAGAUGGAAGCGCUGGGCCGCUGUCCCUACAAUCCGCUGCACAACAGCUCCUACGUCUAUACCGACGGUCACCUUUACUCGGCUACGGUGGCUGAUUUCUCCGGUGCCGAUCCGCUGAUCUAUCGGGAACCGCAGCGAACCGAACAGUACGAUAGCAAGCAGCUGAAUCAGCCGGCUUUCGUCAGUGCCGUCGAGCACAACGGAUACGUGCUAUUUUUCUUCCGGGAAGUUGCCGUCGAGUACAUGAACUGCGGCAAAGCGAUCUACUCGCGCGUUAGCCGAGUGUGCAAAAACGACAAGGGUGGCCCACAUCCGCUCAACGACCGGUGGACGUCGUUCCUAAAAGCACGCCUAAACUGUUCCAUUCCCGGCGAUUAUCCGUUCUACUUCGAUGAGAUUCAAUCGACCACAAAAACCAUCAACGGCAUCUACGGAGGCCAAUCGAAUCAGAUCAUCUACGCGAUCAUGACCACUCCGGAGAACGCAAUCGGUGGUUCGGCCGUGUGUGCUUUCUCCAUUCAGGACAUCCUGGACACGUUUGAAGGUCCGUUCAAAUCGCAACGCGAUAGCCAUUCCAACUGGCUGCAGGUACCGCAGAGCCAGGUACCGGAACCCCGUCCCGGCAAAUGUGUGGACGACAGCCGAACACUGCCGAAGGCGUCGGUUAAUUUCGUUAGAAUGAACACCCUCAUGGAUAUGCCGGUGCAAUCGCUUCAUUCGCGGCCGGUGUUUACCAGGGUUAGCCUGCUGUAUCGGUUGUCCGCCAUUACGGUAGAUCCUCAGGUUAAGGCGCUUCAUGGUACGACGUACGACGUGGUGUUCGUUGGUACUAACGACGGAAAAGUCAUUAAGUUUGUCAACAUUCUAUCGUCAAACACAACGGAAGAUGUCAAAACCGUCGUUAUCAGUGAAACGCAAGCGUUUCCGAUAGGAACCAAAGUCAACGAAAUGACGAUAUCCAGAAAAAACAGGAAGUUGAUCGUGAUUAGCAAUGGAAAGAUCAUAUCGCUUCCACUAAGCAACUGCAAUGAGCACGAGUUCAAGUCCUGCCGCAAGUGUUUGGAACUGCAGGACCCGUACUGCGCGUGGGACGAUGUGAACCGCGAAUGCCGCUCGGUGGAGGAUGCCCGCACCGGUGGUCACCCGAUCGAAAACCUCUUCCAGCGGUUGGACGGAUCCGGUGUGAAUGAAAUUUGCAAAAAAUACGACCAGCGUGACCAGCGGCAGCACAAGGUGGAGGAUAACGAUCUGUACACGCGGGUCGACGGAUCCGGCAGUGCGGAGAAGGAGAAAAGCAGCGAAACGAAAAACGUCGUCAUAAUUCAGUCCAGCAGGGGCACCGUGUCCUCGAUCGGUCCGAUCGAUAUCGAUAACGAAAUACCCAUGACCUCGAUCGAGGGAAGCGAGCUGACGAACAAAAUCGGCACCCAUCAGUAUCAUCAUAAAACAGAUCCUUUCGUAAAGGAAAAUGUAGCGGUAGCAUCGCUGGGCUGGGAAUUCAACCUCAUGCUGGCAGUGUUCUCGGUACUGAUCGGUAUACUUGUGGGGAUCUGCAUUACCCGUCAGGUCAUGAAAAAGCAGCCCUUUCAUGGCAACAGCGAGCACCGAAAUCAGCUGAACUGGCAUCCCGCAAAGAAUUUGAGCAUGCUGUCGCAAAACCGUACCAGCGGGAAGGACGUCAACCUGCUGAUGAACACCACCAAUCAGUACCACACGCAGCAUCAGGCCAUAGUGCAGCAGCUGCAGCAGCAACAGAACAAUAUGAAAGACAAUAUCGACUUCGACUACAAGGAUCGAAGCGUCGAGUGUAAGAACUCGACCGAAAAUCUGGAAAAGGACAUCAGCAAAGGCAUGGGCACCCUGCAGAAGACGCGACAGUUGAAGACUUUCAAGCCUUAGGCGCAUUGUGCGAGAGAGAGAGAGAGAAAGUAGAGUUCGAAGAACAGUGUUGUAGCGAAUGUAAUUUGUAACAACCUGUCAGGAUUGCCUCCCCCGCGUCGC